AUGAGCUUGGCCCUCGUCGUCGUUGUCGUCGUCGGAAACCUCGAAAAGAAUGUUAAACGGGUGGCGGCGGUGCGGUGGUCGGUGGAAGGUGACUAUGAUGGUAGUAGUAGCACCUUAACCAAGCUCGAACGCGAGUACGAUCGCUGCCCAAGCCACGACGUCAAGAUCAUCAUAGGAGAUUUGAACGCUCAGGUAGGCCAGGAGGAGGAAUUCAGACCGACGAUUGGUAAGUUCAGCGCCCACCAGCAGACGAACGAAAACGGCCUACGACUCAUUGAUUUCGCCGCCUCCAAAAAUAUGGCCAUACGUAGCACCUUUUUCCAACACAGCCUCCCUUAUCGUUACACCUGGAGAUCACCACAGCAGACGGAAUCUCAAAUCGACCACGUUCUGAUUGACGGACGGCACUUCUCCGACAUUAUCGACGUCAGGACCUAUCGUGGCGCCAACAUCGACUCCGACCACUAUCUGGUGAUGGUCAAACUGCGCCCAAAACUCUCCGUCAUCAACAAUGUACGAUACCGGCGACCGCCACGGUACAACCUAGAGCGACUGAAGCAAGCGGAUGUCGCCUCAGCAUACGCGCAGAAUCUCGAAGCCGCGUUGCCAGACGAGGGCGAGCUCGAUGAGGCCCCUCUAGAGGACUGCUGGAGUACAGUGAAAGCAGCCAUCAACGACGCAGCCGAGAGCACCAUCGGGUACGUGGAACGGAAUCGACGGAACGAAUGGUUCGACGAAGAGUGCAGAACGGUUUUGGAGGAGAAGAACGCAGCGAGGGCGGUAAUGCUGCAGCAAGGGACUCGACAGAACGUGGAACGUUACAAACAGAAGCGGAAACAGCAGACCCGCCUCUUUCGGGAGAAAAAGCGCCGCCUGGAAGAAGCGGAGUGUGAAGAAAUGGAACUGCUGUGCCGUUCUCAAGAAACACGGAAGUUCUAUCAGAAGCUCAACGCAUCCCGCAACGGCUUCGUGCCGCGAGCCGAAAUAUGCAGGGAUAAGGACGGAGGCCUUUUGACGGACGGACGUGAGGUGAUCGAAAGGUGGAAGCAGCACUUCGAUCAGCACCUGAACGGCGUGGAGAACGUAGGCACGGGAGCCCACGGCAAUGGAAGAAACGACGACGCCAGUGCAGCGGAGGACGGAAAUGAACCAACUCCCACGCUGAGGGAAGUUAAGGAUGCCAUUCACCAGCUCAAAACCAACAAAGCAGCUGGUAAGGAUGGUAUCGCAGCUGAACUCAUCAAGAUGGGCCCAGAAAAGUUGGCCACCUGUCUGCAUCGGCUGAUAGUCAGGAUCUGGGAAACCGAACAGCUACCGGAGGAGUGGAAGGAAGGGGUAAUCUGCCCCAUUAACAAGAAAAGCGACCAUUUGGAAUGUGAGAACUUCAGGGCGAUCACUAUUUUGAAUGCUGCCUACAAAGUGCUAUCCCAGAUCAUCUUCCGUCGUCUGUCACCUAAAACGAAUGAGUUCGUGGGAAGUUAUCAGGCUGGCUUCAUCGACGGCCGGUCGACAACGGACCAGAUCUUUAUCGCACGGCAAAUCCUCCAGAAAUGCCGUGAAUACCAGGUCCCAACGCAUCACCUGUUCAUCGGCUUCAAAGCGGCAUACGACAGUAUCGACCGCGCAGAGCUAUGGAGAAUCAUGGACGAAAACGGCUUUCCUGGGAAGCUGACUAGACUGAUUAAAGCAACGAUGGACGGUGUGCAAAACUGCGUAAGGCUUUCGGGUGAACUAUUCAGUUCAUUCGAAUCUCGCCGGGGACUGCGACAAGGUGACGGACUCUCAUGCCUACUCUUCAACAUCGCUCUGGAAGGUGUGACGCGACGAGCCGGGCUCAACAGCCGGGGAACGAUUUUCACAAAAUCCGGCCAAUUUGUGUGCUUUGCGGACGACAUGGACAUUAUCGCUAGAACAUUUGGAACGGUGGCAGAACUGUACACCCGCCUGAAACGCGAAGCAGCAAAGGUCGGACUGGUGGUGAAUGCCUCAAAAACAAAGUACAUGCUGGUAGGCGGAACCGAACACGACCGGAUCCGCCUGGGUAGUAAUGUUACGAUAGACGGGGAUACUUUCGAGGUGGUGGAGGAAUUCGUCUACCUCGGAUCCUUACUGACGGCUGACAACAACGUGAGCCGUGAAAUUCGGAGGCGCAUCAUCAGCGGAAGUCGGGCCUACUACGGGCUCCAGAAGAAACUGCGGUCGAAAAAGAUUCACCCACGCACCAAAUGCACCACACGGACAGAAAUGUUGCCUGACUGACAUAACCUUUUCUAUAGUUCUUUCAAGCCUAUAAGAUAUUCUUGGAAUAAUUCCUUAAAACGGUUGAUUCACAAUGUUAUGAUGUCUAAAUCAAGCAUAUGUUUUGUUUAAACAAACAUCAUUUAACACCAACCAUCAAAUGUUUAUACCAAGCAUAUAUGUCAUUAAUUGAAGCCUUGCUGGAACCCGAGCCUCCUGACUGCUGUCUGCUCAGUCAUUGUUCAUCAUGGCCGCGGUAGUUCAAAGUGACGACGACGAUGUUGUCGCUGUGUUUUGAUUUUGAAUAAUAUAAUCGUUACUGUCUGCCACUGCUACAGGGGAAAUUAAAAAUGUACUCCGCAGAAUUCCUCCACAUACAGCAGCAGGAACAAGAGCUAGCCACCACGCAAUCCUGAUGAAACCGCCAGAUUGAAUGCCUUCAGGACGUUCCCGGACACGCCGAGAAACUUGGAUAAGUCGAUCCAUCAGACCUACGGCCGGACAUAUCACGGACACCCCACCGAAGGUUCGAAAACCAAUGACGGACGACGUGACCGCUGAUGUGAUGCGCUGAAGUGACGAUAAUAUCUUAGCACUGGUGGAACGCCUGGAAGUCUGUUACUGGCAGGCUACGCCCUGGUCCCUGAGUGGAUUCCUCUUCCGGUCAAAU